AGGUACUACCUAUAGAGGUACCUAUAGUACCUAAAAACACCUGCCCUUAAUUGCCCAUAAUUCCGCUAACCCGUCCUCAAUUAACAACCCCCAUUUGACCAUCUUUUGAACGGAGACCCCCCGUCCAAUUUGAAUAGCCUGGGUUCCACACUCUAUACAAGGACGGCCAUACCGCGGUUCCUUUGAUUAAUUACCAUAGUACCAAGCAUACAUACGGAUCCGUAGUACCCACGAACAUAGCUUACGAGCUCGUUGGUCAUUGCUUUCCUUUCUUUCUUUUCUUUCCCUUUUCUUUUCGUAUCUUCCCUCUGAGAUAUCCAAAGAAUAAACAUAAACACCAUUGGUAAUGUUGAGAUCGUUGGCCAAGAGUCGGGCACAGGCUACCGCUCUGAGAAUACCCAUGACAAGACAAGCUGCAACACCUAAAAGUAGUAUAUUGAUGGCGCCGGCAGCGAGCCGGAGCAACAGCUCCCUUCCACCAGGAUAUGUGGAAGACAAAUCAAAACCCCCGAUGUAUCGAUUUCAGGAUUCGCUUCCUAAAUUACCAGUCCCAACUCUCGAAGAGACCGCCGCCCGCUACAUGAAGAGCUUACAUCCCUUGCUAAGCCCCGUCGAAUAUGCCGCAAGCCAAAAGGCCGUCGACGAGUUCAUAAAACCGGGAGGCGUGGGACGGAAAUUACAGGAAAAACUAAUCGAGCGGCGAGAAAAUCCCCAAAUUAAGAACUGGUUGUAUGACUGGUGGAAUGAAGCCGCCUACUUGAGCUAUCGAGACCCCGUCGUUCCCUAUGUCAGCUACUUCUACUCUCACCGAGACGACCGACGGCGGAAAAACCCUGCUAAGCGUGCUGCUGCUUUGACUACUGCUGUGCUCGAUUUUAAGAGGCAGGUAGACUCCGGCACGCUCGAACCCGAAUACAUGAAGGGGAGACCGAUGUGCAUGGAAAGCUAUAAAUGGAUGUUCAACGCCUGUCGUAUCCCUGCCAAACCCUCCGACUACCCAAUCAAGUACCAUCCCGACGAACAUAAGCACAUUGUUGUUAUCCGAAAGAAUCAGUUCUUUAAGGUUCAACACCAAGUUGGUAAUAAAAAGCCACUUAACACCUCGGAGCUCGAGGCGCAAUUUGCUCGCAUCUAUGAAAUUGCAGAUGGCGGUCCUGCUGUCGGUGCUCUUACCUCCCAGAACAGGGAUAUCUGGGCGGACGUGCGCCAGUUUAUGGUGAAUGAUUCCGCCGAGAAUCUGGAGGCUAUUGAAGCUAUUGAAUCAGCCUCUUUCGUCGUGUGCUUGGACGAUGCCGCCCCAGUUACUCUUGAGGAGCGCGCUCACCAGUAUUGGCACGGCGACGGCCAGAACCGAUGGUUUGACAAGCCCUUGCAGUUCAUCGUGAACGACAACGGCACAUCCGGUUUCCUGGGCGAACACAGCAUGAUGGACGGCACGCCCACGCACCGACUGAACGACUACGUCAACGAAGUCAUCUUCGCCAACAAGCUCGACUUCGACGAUUCCAGGGUGCGAUCCGACUUGCCCGAGCCGACGGAGAUCAAAUUCGACGUCUCAAAAAAACUGCAGGCGGACAUCGACCGCGCGGUCCAGGCCUUCAACGAAGUCAUCGGUAAGCACGAGCUCGCGGUCCAGGCGUACCAGGCGUACGGCAAGGGCCUGAUCAAGAAGUUCAAGUGCUCGCCGGACGCGUACGUGCAGAUGGUGAUCCAGCUGGCGUACCACAAGAUGUACGGCAAGAACCGGCCGACGUACGAGUCGGCCUCGACGCGGCGCUUCCAGCUCGGGCGCACGGAGACGUGCCGGUCGGUGUCGGACGAGAGCGUCGCCUUCUGCAAUGCCAUGGCCGACCCGACCAUCCCCGACGAGGAACAGGUCGCCCUGUUCCGAAAGGCCAUCGCCGCCCACAUCGAGUACAUCACCGCCGCGUCCGACGGCAAGGGCGUCGACCGCCACCUCUUCGGCCUCAAAAAGCUCCUCGGCCCCAAGGACGACCUCCCCUCCAUCUACAAGGACCCCGCUUACACCUACAGCUCCUCCUGGUUCCUGUCCACCAGCCAGCUGAGCUCCGAGUACUUCAACGGGUACGGCUGGAGCCAGGUCAUCGAUGAGGGGUUCGGAAUCGCAUACAUGAUUAAUGAGAACAGUCUCCACUUCAACAUCGUGUCCAAGGGCCUCGGCAGCGACAAGAUGAGCUUCUUCAUCAACGAAGCUGCCAACGACAUCCGCGACAUACUUCUCCCCACCAUCGAACCGCCCAAGGCGAAGCUGUAAAGGAACGGCAGGGGGGGGGAGGAUUUUCUUAACACGCGCUUCGCUGCUAUCGCCGCCACUACCUAACCAGUGUUCAUGUGCUUUUAUGUACCUUGUAUGUAUGUAUGUACCUAAUGUAUGUUGUUAGCGCGAGAAGGAAGACAGCUAGGCAUCUCGUAUAUACGCGUCGUCGCAGUUCGCGCGGUUCGCUUUGCUAGCGCGUGAGCCUCAACGCUUCUUACCUAGGUACCGACAGUUUUUGGGGGGGGGGGGGGGGUUUGUUGGUUUACUAGAGCAUCAAGGCCGGUGUUGGUGGAUAUUCUAUAGCUAGGUA